UCGUGCUCUAACGAAAAGCUAUUGGCCUUGCACGCCAACUGUUUGACAGAACUCUCGAGUUAAUUUCAAAUCUGUGAAUUUACGAUAUUUUCGCUUCAAAUUCACACAAUGCAGCGUUUAUCAUCAAGAAUCUCAAGGGCGAAACUCUCUUCUCUAACAACUCCAUUUACCAAAACACAUUGUAAACACACUUUCACUACAUUUCUUGCUAAUCCGGGUCUCCAAAAACAGCAGCAGCAAUAUGCGAUUCCAUGCGAUUUCUUGAAAUGGGCCUCGCUUGGUUUUUAUAGAACCUCAAAGUUCGCCACUGGGUUCACGCCGUUGCAGCCAAAGCCGUUGGAUUCGAUCAUUGAUAUCCAGAGAGCCAAGGAUAAAUCAUCCGAGGACCUUGCUUCCAUUUGGGACGAUUAUCACAUAGGAAGGGGCCACAUUGGUGCAAGCAUGAAAGCCCAACUAUAUCAUUUAUUGGAGCACAGAGCAAGAGAUUGCCGGUAUUUUGUAAUUCCAUUGUGGAAAGGAAGUGGUUAUACUACAAUGUUUGCUCAAGUGCAAUUGCCACAUAUUCUUUUUACUGGACUUGAAGAUUACAAGGCGAGAGGAACUCAAGCAGCCCCCUACUUCACUGUAACAUUUUACAGAGACUUUGCAGAGAGCAAGGACCUGGUGCUUAUCCGUGGAGAGGUAGUCUUCACCAGUAAGCUCAGUGACUCAGAGGCAGAAUGGCUAUUAGAGACCACCCAGUCUUUUUAUUUGAAUGAUGUGAGGUAUAAGCUGGUGGAACAGUUCAAUAAACAAACUCAUGAUUUCGAAUUCAAGGACGUCCUACGAGCCUUGAACAUGCCCGUCUUGUGAUUUCCCCAGAAAAGAAUAAAGGAUGUUCUUCAAAGUAACUGUACAACUGUAGAAGGGAAGAGUUCAACAGCAGCAUUCAGCAAUAAGAUCACAUAGAAAUAUUGUUCUCCUUCUUUUAAAUUUUUCUUCUUAUUUCAACAUGUAUACUUUUCAGUUAUAGAUUUACUUGAAUUAUCAGAAGAUGUUUCUUCUUGUAUUGACAACAUUGGUUUUAUUACUUCAUGUUCUAUA